AUGCAGGAUAGCAAUUGUUUUUGGCACACAACACUCCAAGACGAUGUUGUCAUCAGGCGCAAAUUAAACCUGGACAUCCUGAUCACGACUCAUACUACCUCCACAACCUGGCAACUGAUUAGGGCCGUUGAGUUUGAGGUUUCCAUAGCAGAGAAAGUUCGAUUGAUGGGCAACGGUAUGAUCAAACGUCUCAGAAACUUGAAGACUCUGGAUUGUGAGCCGUGCUCCGGUGACACUAAAGCCAGUAAAGGAGUGCACCAAGUCUUGCAACCGGAGGUUCCAGAUCGUGGUACUCUUUUCGGAGAUGUGCCGCAGCAAAUCUCCUAG